CCGCCUGUCUUCGGGGCUGCCCCGGAAGUGUGGUGUUCUAGCGGACGCGAUGGCUUCAAGGUUACUUCGCGGAGCUGGAGCGCUGGUCGCACAGGCCCUGAGGGCUCGCGGUCCCAAUGGGGUAGCUGCGGUGCGCUCCAUGGCGUCUGGAGGUACUCGUCCCGCCGAUGACGAGCAGGCGACUGGGCUGGAGCGGGGCAUGAUGGCUGCGCGGAAGGGACAGGUGAGAAACUGCUUUCUGUGACCCUACAAUAUGCUAGCCCCAAAAGCAGCUUCAGGCACCAAGGAAGAUCCUAAAUUUAGUCCCUCCAUCACCAACAAGCGAAUAGUGGGCUGCAUCUGUGAAGAGGACAACAGUGCUGUCAUCUGGUUCUGGCUGCACAAAGGCGAGACCCAGCGAUGCCCUAGCUGUGGAACCCAUUAUAAGCUGGUGCCCCACCAGUUGGCCCACUGAGCCCUGACAAUAACUCACAAUGUGCUGUAAAGUUUCUUGUCUCCGAUAAAGACUGGCCAUUGCUUUGGCUCUUCCCAUA